AUGCCUCCUCGCGACGCCAACUGGGUCGAUGGCUUUCGAGGCAUCGCAUCCUUCAUGGUCGUUUGCGGUCACCUUUGCACCGCCUUCGUCCCGUGGCUUCACGCUCCCGCGCACUCGGACAAGGAGGCGCCGCACCUCUUCCAACUCCCCUUCUUCCGUCUCGCCGUGGGAGGCCGCAGCGCUGUGGCUAUAUUCUUCCUCAUAACAGGCUAUGUCAACUCGAUUGGCCCAAUUGCGAGAUCGAGGUCUGGCAACACCGAGGCCGCCUUGUCGGGGUUGGCGCGGAGUACCUUGGCUCGAUCAGGAAGGCUGGUUCUCCCAACCAUGAUUGCGACCUUGAUUACCUGGUUCCUGGCCAAUAUAAAUGCCUACCACAUGACCAAGCAUGUGGAUUCAACCUGGAUUCGCCAAGGCUGGCAUCGCCAGGAGCCGACACUAUACAAAAUGUUCACGAGUCUGAUACGAGCAGAAGUUGGGACCUGGACAACGGGAUGGGACGAAUACGACGGCACCCAGUGGACUCUGCAGCUUUUCCUCGAGGGCAGCAUGAUGGUAUACUUGACUAUGCUGGCGACCGUCCUUAUCAAACCGCGCGCCAGGAAACUAGUAUUUGCCGUACUCUACGUUUAUUGCUGGGUUUCAGGCCAAGGCCUGGCUAUUGGACCACUGAAGAGUUUGAACAUCAUAACUGGCAUGUUUCUAGCGGAACUGCAAAAUGAGUAUAAAGACGCCGCCACUAGUAUGGUUCCAGCUCCGAUUCCCGCCCUCAUGAUCAUCUUCGGCAUGUUCAUGUCCAGCUACCCGCAGGACGCCCCGGAACGCGCUGCCUGGUCCAACCACAUGUGCAAAUUCAUGCACCACUUCACCCCCGAGGGUGCCGACGUCCGCCGUUACUGGGAUUCCUUGGGCGCAUCGACUGUCCUCUUCGGAAUCUUUUUCUCCCGGAAUGCUCGAAAGAUUCUCACUUCUCCCGUAUUCAACUUCUUGGGACGGGUCAGCUUCCCGGUAUACCUAAUGCACAACACUCUCAUUAAAUCUAUUCUGACGUGGAUGGUCUACCUGCCCUCUGCCAUGAAUCCUCCACGCAACGCGAAAGGCGAGCAGAUGGACCUGCAGCGCGGCUCCACAAUGCACAUCUUCAUUGCUGUUGGCAUUUUCUACUACAUUCUUUACCGGCUUGCGUCGCUUUGGGUGCAAUACAUUGAUCCAGCCUGCGGCAGAGUUGUGAAUGCCUUCACCAAGUGGGCAGCCGGAGAACCCCCUACCCAUAACGGACACGCUAUCGGCAAUGGACACGCGGAAAAGCCAGUGCUGCUGCAAUAA